UUCUGUUCGGUCCGAAAGUCGGACUCUCUGGGGAGUCUGAAAGAAGUAUACCAGAAAGAGAAAUUGGAGAUGCGUCGCCACAAAUUCAAUCCCUACUUACUUCUUUUCGCUCUCCUUUCCUUCUCUCUCCUUCCUCUCCAUGCCAUAGCGCGCCCUUUCGUUCUGGUCCUUACCAAAGACGACCUCAUCGACAACCCUUCUCCCUCCGACGACGACUCCUCUGCCGGCGACCCUGAGUGGGAUGAGUUCAGCGACUCGGAUAACAACUCCGAGGAAGAGCUUGAUCCCGGCUCAUGGCGCCCGAUCUUCGAGCCGGACGUCGACGUCCCGCCGAAAACCGAAGAGGAGGAGAUUUAUUACUCCGGCGUCCGGAAGAUGAUCUCCGCGGCUACUUCUGGCGAUCCUAGAGCGAUGGGGGAAGCCGCUUCAUUGAUCGAGUCAGCUGCGGUGGCCGGGUUCCCUCAUGCCCAGUCCGCUCUAGGUUUUCUGUUCGGGACCGGGCAAUUGAGAGAGCAGAGCGGUGCCAAGGCUUUCCUGUAUCAUCACUUUGCCGCCGAAGGCGGCAAUAUGCAGUCCAAGAUGGCCCUCGCGUAUAAUUACUUCCGACAAGAUAUGUAUGAGAAAGCUGUUAAGCUUUACGCCGAAUUGGCAGAAGCAGCAGUGUCGAGUUUCUUGAUUUCGAAGGAUUCGCCGGUAAUUGAGCCUAUUAGGUUGCAUAAUGGAGCAGAAGAGAAUAAGGAAGCUUUGCGGAAGUCGCGAGGAGAGGAGGAUGAAGAUUUCCAGAUUACGGAGUAUCAGGCGCAAAAGGGGAAUGCCGGGGCAAUGUACAAACUUGGAAUGAUUUAUUAUUUUGGAUUGAGAGGGGUGAGACGUGAUCACGGGAAAGCGUUGUCGUGGUUUCUGAAGGCUGUGGAGAAGGGAGAGCCGAGGUCGAUGGAACUUCUUGGUGAGAUAUACGCGAGGGGAGCAGGGGUUGAGAGGAAUUACACCAAGGCGUUCGAGUGGCUUACUCUUGCAUCUAAGCAACAACAUUUUUCUGCUUAUAAUGGGAUGGGGUAUUUGUAUGUCAAAGGCUAUGGAGUGGAAAAGAAGAACUUCACUAAGGCAAAAGAAUACUUUGAGAAGGCUGCUGAAAAUGAAGAGCCUGGGGGGCAUUACAACCUGGGGGUCUUGUAUCUUAAAGGGAUCGGAGUAAAAAAAGAUGUGAAGGUGGCAUGCCGACAUUUCUUAACAGCUGCUAAUGUUGGUCAGCCAAAGGCAUUUUACCAAUUGGCAAAAAUGUUCCACACGGGUGUAGGUCUUAAGAAGAGUCUUCCUAUGGCCACUACAUUAUACAAAUUAGUUGCGGAGCGAGGGCCUUGGAAUUCCUUAUCAAGAUGGGCACUAGAGUCGUACUUAAAGGGUGAAGUUGGAAAAGCAUUCCUCUUGUACUCCAGAAUGGCAGAGCUGGGAUAUGAGAUUGCACAAAGUAAUGCUGCCUGGAUUCUUGAGAAAUAUGGUGAGCGCAGUAUGUGCAUGGGAGAAUCUGGGUUUUGCACAGAUGCAGAAAGGCAUCAACGUGCACAUUCUUUGUGGUGGCAGGCUUCAGAACAGGGGAAUGAACAUGCAGCUCUGCUAAUUGGGGAUGCAUAUUAUUAUGGUCGGGGCACCGAGAUAGAUUAUGAUCGUGCUGCAGAGGCUUACAUGCAUGCAAAAUCACAAGCCAAUUCACAGGCCAUGUUCAACCUUGGAUACAUGCAUGAGCAUGGCAAGGGGCUUCCUUUUGAUCUUCAUCUUGCUAAGCGUUAUUAUGAUCAGGCCCUAGAGAAUGAUCCUGCAGCAAAGUUGCCUGUGACAUUAGCACUUGCGAGCUUGUGGAUAAGGAAAAACUAUGCCAACAGUUUCCUGGUUGACUUGAUUGAUUCACUGCCUGAAGUUUAUCCGAAAGUAGGAGCGUGGGUAGAGAAUGUGAUCCUGGAUGAAGGCAAUCCCAUGAUCCUCACUCUGAUUGUCUGCCUCAUUACGGUCCUCUACCUUCGUGAGCGGCACCGGAGGCAAGAUGUGGGUGCUGCACUGGGGGACGUACCCAUCCCAUUCCAACCCAACGAGCAUGAUGCACCGCCGGUGAAUUAAUGAAGCUGCUUUCCAAUACGAUAUGGAAGCUGCAGUCCCAGGUGAAGAUGAAAGAUCCCAAAAAUGUGUACAUAGGAUGCUUUCAUCCCAUCUUCUGUUUUGAGUUUCAUCGUAGUUGCUUCAUUGGUUGAGCACAUACUAGAGGUGAUCGAGCCAGGUUGCUGAAGAAAUUGAGCCGGGUGUCAUCCUAUUUCUGCUUUUGAGAGCUUGUAACAUUUUAGAUAUUUGGUAUAGACAUUUAUGUAGGACUGAUCAGAUGUUCGUGAUUAAUAUAUAACAUCACCAUCAUUUAUUUAAUAAUAGAAACAAAAAAAAAACGCAUUAAUGAGCUGGUUCA